AUGUCUCUUAUCCUUCAUGCACUCCUUUUCACCUGCGCCGCCUGUGGCGUGCUUUUCCCACUCAAAGAUGGAUUUCCAGACCCAAGCCCUCUUCAACUACUCUCCGUCGGAUCCCAUAGCUUAGGAACGCUUUCAAGUGGUAGCCUUCCGGCCACGAUCAGCACCGAAGGCAUUACCAAUCUUCAACUGCUCGCCUUCAACGAAAUGGUUGCGGUGGCUUUCUUUAGCGAGCUAGUGGCCAAUCUCACAGAGGGCAUCGAAGGCUUCAAUCUCCUGCCAGGUCAGGACCAUGUGGUUCCUGCCAUUGUUGCCACAUUACAACAAGAAGAACUUCACGCUGUUAAUGCCAAUGCCGCUCUCCAGCAUUUCGGUGUCAACCCGAUGGCACCUUGCACCUAUACCUUCCCUGUGGCUUCUGUUGAAGAUGCCAUUUACUGGGCCAGUGUUGUUACCGCAGCAGUUCUCGGAGCACAGCAUGGCGUAAUUCAAAACUUAGCCGAGAAUGGUGACGUUGGUUUGGUUCAAGGUCUGGUGUCCAUCACUGGGCAGGAAGGUGAACAGGAAGGCUUUUUCCGAGAGUUGCAAGGCAAGAUCCCGAACGAGCUACCGUUUCUUACUAGUAGCACGCGGGAAUUUCUGUUCAGUGCUCUUCGUCGAGUAGCGGAUCCGCUUUGUGCGUCCUUGGAGGGAAUCAGCCUACCGAGCUUUUUUCCGUUGGAUGUGGCGAUCUUUCCUGAUCCUAACAGCCCAAUCAUUACAUUGACCUAUAGCGCACUUGAAGCGGACUGCUCCAGUCUCUCCGUUGUCUACACCAAUCAGCAGAACCCCCCCAUCGUGAAGCCGAUCAUGUUCGAAUCGAUAACGGAGGAUCUCAUUACGGUGAAAGCGCAGUUUCCACAGGAUGAGUUUUCUAUAAAUGGCCUAACCAUCAUAGCCCUCACUAGCCAACCAGGGCCUUUCAAGGAUGCAAGCGACGUCGCAAAAGCAACCGUGUUCGGUCCCGCAUUUGUUAUCUUAUGA